AGUGUAUUUGUUUUGAUUUUAAGAAAAAAAUUAUCAAAAUACUGAAAAUUCUCUGAAAUUAAAGAAAGCAAUAAUGUCGGCUCUUAAAAUCACUACAAUGACAAGAAACAUCGUUCGUUGUGCUGUUCUUCAACCAAGAAACAUAAAUUUAAUCCGCCAAUAUGCGACAAAAAUCGAACCGAAAAAGAAAUCGUCAACUUUAAAACUUUUAUUGCUUGGGGUUGGUAUUGGCGGUGCAGUAGGUGGUAGCUAUGCACUUUAUAACAAUAUUGGGAAGAAGAAAACAACUCGGGAAGAGUUAGCGACUGUAAUUCUUGAUGAGUUGCCGAAUGUUCCAAUCAUGCGAAAAAUUAUCAAUAAAAGUGAUAAAACCGGCUUGGACAUUAUUCUCUUCCAAUUUCAAACAUGCCCAUUCUGUUGCAAAGUAAGAUCAUUUCUUGAUUAUGCUGGCUUCUCGUAUUCUGUCGUUGAAGUUGAUGCAGUUUUGCGUCAAUCAAUCAAAUGGUCAAAAUCAAAAAAGGUUCCAACCGUGCUGAUUCGAACUCGUGAUGGAAAAUAUGUUCAAUUUAAUGAUUCAAGUGUUAUAAUUUCGGCACUUGCAAGUUUCCUCAUCGACCCUGUAAGAAACAAUAUUGAAGAUAUUGUCAAGUUUUAUCCUGUUCAGAACUUUACCGACGUUUAUGGAACCGUUUACGACAUUGCGAACAAAUAUUUUCUGAUGUUCCAGGAUAAAAAGCCAAAAGACAGCAAAGAAGUAUUUGAUGAAGAGAGGAAGUGGCGCAGCUGGGCUGAUAAUCAUUUAGUUCACUUAAUUAGUCCAAAUGUUUACCGCACAUAUGCAGAGGCUCUCGAAACCUUUGAGUGGUUUUCUGAAACUGGUCAGUGGUCAGUUUAUUUCCCACAAUGGGAACGAAACCUCAUGGUACAAGUAGGCACACUCGCAAUGUACCUGAUCUCAAAACGACUCACGAAAAAACAUGGACUUGGUGAUGAUCCUCGCGCUCAUCUUUAUGAUGCUUGUGAUAAAUGGAGUAAAGAAUUGGAGCAGAAGAAAACGCGCUUCAUGGGUGGUGACAAAGAGCCGAAUUUAGCUGAUCUGGCAGUGUAUGGAAUUCUUUGCAGUAUGGAAGGUUGUCGAGCUUUUAAAGACUGUUUGGAUAACACACAAAUCGGUCAUUGGUUUUACGAAAUGAAAGCGAAAAUUGACAGCAAUCGUGGAAACAAAAAACCUGUCAGCUUGUAUAAUGUUUAAUAAGAUCUAAGAAGGAAUAGAAAACUUGAACGAAAA